CUCAACGCCUCGAUGGAGAGAUCCGAAUCUUCUUCUCGGGUUUCUGCUCCGUACACGGGGAAGAGGACUUUGUACGGUGAUAAGUAUGUCGACGUUAUGAAGUCGUACUAUGAUUACGUCAAAAGCAGGAUAAGGAUCGGUGUUGAAGGGUACAGUACUUCCCUUAAACCUAUUGAUCUCUACCGGGCUUUGGAGAGUCUUUUCAAGACAUGUGGAGAAGUCCACAACAUCCAGAUUCGCAGAGAUCCAGUGACAAAUGCACUCCAGAGGUCGUGUAUUGUUAUCCUUCGUGGAGAAGGCGCAGGAGACAAAGCCUUGCAACUCAAUGGAAGUGACAUUGGAGGAAGUAAGAUUGUCGUUACGAGUUUGCCUUCAGAACUCAGUGACUCAGCACUGGGUUGAGUACUGAUGUACUCGCUGCUAGGAGCGUGGCACAUAAUCGAAGAAAGCGUAGCGAAGGCAUAUCCGUUACUGGAUAUGACACUUCACUUACUAAAGAUGAUUUGAAGAAUGCUUUGACUAACCAUUUCUCCACAUGUGGCGAGAUUACCGACGA